UUUAAAAUUUUAUUUUGCAGGUACUGUGAUUGGCAUUAAACUCUGAAGUGCCUUCACUUUGUGCAUAGGAAGCUGAUAUAGUAUAAAUGUGAUAAAACACAAAAACCAUGGAAGACAAAGUAGCAGCUCCCAUGUUGCGUAUCCCUGCAAUGCUUAUGCCUUCUUAUAACAAUGUUAUGGCAACUGAGGAUGGGAAACAAGCACCAAAGAGAGUGAGAGUGUUUUGUGGUGUGUGUGAAAAAAUUAGAUAUUAUUCCAUCCACCGGGGGGUGACACGAAUUGGAGGAGUCAUAGCUUGUGAAGCUUGCCGACACUUUUAUCAGAAGUUUAAAAGACAGCCAUGCAUUUUGACAUGCACAGAGGGUGGAGGAUGCCUUGACUUGAAUGAUAACUCAAGAAAUAGGUGUCGUGCAUGUUGGAUAGGACACAUUCUGAGUCGUUGCCCCGUUCCACCUGAAAUGUAUCAUAAUUUGAUAAGCCAUUUGCCAAAGCCAAUUCAGGAAAGAAUGCCUCCUGAAGCACAGGUUGCUGCAAAUAUACCCGAGAACAGAAAAGGCUCCCUUGGAUUAGAGGUUUCAAGGAAUGGUGUUUGGGAAGAUGUAACAGUUGCAGUAGAUUUAGAGGCAGAUCCAAAUGGAGAUUCCAGUGCAGAAGCUUCAGGCAAUGAACCGGUAUGAGUUGAUAACUUUAGCCUUCAAAAAUUUAUAAAAAUUGACGAGGGACUUGAUAGUGAGGAAGAGGAACCAGUAUUAGUUCAUAGUGGACUUGGAAGUGAAAGAAUGGAAAAUUCUGAGGACCCACAAACUGAAGAAAGGGCAUCACAAAAGCGAAAGCGGAGGAGUAGUGAUGUCAAUUAUUUGACACCUGGGAUGCUCUUAGAUUAUAUGUUAAAAUCGCCACACUCUCAUAAAGCAGUUACUGAGGAUGAUAGCCUUUCCCUAUUUUGCCUGUUUAUUACUUCUCAGCUGAGUAACAUUAAAGAUCCUGAGAUUUGUGAAAAUGUAAAGUUUGAAGUACAGAGUGCUGUCCAUGAGGGACUUAGAAAGUAUUAUGCAAAAUUGAAUAGUUCAAAUAAAUAGUUUGUUAAUAAUGUAGUGUCGUCUUUUUAAAACAGAACAGAGUAAAUUAUGUGAGAUAAGCAGUUUGAAUGAUCUCACAGAGCUAUUAAAUUUUUCGUAUUGGAAUUCCAACUUUCUGAUUCUCUCAGUUCCACUCAGUGUAACAUGUACGUACCAUUAAAAGGUUUAGUAGGGCGUUGUUGCAAAUUCAGUAAAGAAAUUAGAACUUGUUUUGAUUAUGGAACAACAUAUUUUGGUUAUUAAAUUACACUGUGAGUGAAUAUGUACAAGAGACUAUUUUCAGUUGCAAUUUUAGUUUGUUUUCUGUUGUGCUUUUUUUUAUGAAUAUUGGUUGGUCUGGUUAAACUAUCUUAGUAAUUUGUCCAUCAGUAUGAAAACUCAUUAUAUGCUCUGCCCUUCUACAAUGAGGGUUUAUGUGCAGAAGAAAUUAUAAUUUGGUCAGAUCUUCCUGAUUUGAAUUUUAGGUAGCUUUCAUGUACAUCAGAAAAAUCCAGUAAGGUAUUAUGAUAAAACAGUAUGAAAAUUAGAACAGCUUUUGGUUGAAUAUGCUUGGAAUUAAGUGCUGUUUGUAUAUUAACAAUCCCAUAACUUACAGUGCCAUUUAUUUGCCUCUGAGUGUUCCAGGAUAAAUCUCUGAAGGAAGAAGACAAUAGAUAUUCUCUGACUUGUGAGUGGUUUACAUGUGGCGUAAGGCUCAGUAGGUCUCAGUUGACAACAGAGUUUAUUGUUUGCUUGUCUGCCAAAGCUCAACUUAUCAUUGCUCCAGAUUGUGUGUUGCUCCUAAUGGAAGACGAGGCUUAUCAGUGUCAGUCAGUAAAGGUUACAGGGCUGUCCUUUCCCAGAAUUUUUCAGAUGCAAAUGAUUGAUUGUUUACUUCAGAUCCUAAACAUAUCAGAAUUUCCUGAAACACUUUCAGAAGAGCUGUUAAACUUUCAAGAUUGGACCUGUGGCUUAUAAUGGGGUGUUACUAGCAUAGAAAGCUGAAAUUCUGUUAAUGUAUAUUAACAUCUUUUGCUGCUGGCUCUGUUGCAAAGACUCAUACCUCACAAACUCACAAGAUUGGUAAUUGUACUAUGCACUUUUCAGUAUUUCUCAACUUUAAACCUUUGCUCAAGACAGAGUGAUAUUUUUCUUUUUCCAGUUAAAGCCUUAUGGUUUUACCUUAAAAGAAUCCAAGAUCUUUAGACAAAGUACAACUUGAUUUUUCUAUUCACAGUAAAAAAAGGAGACUCUUGGCUAGAAAUAAUGCUGUGUACGUAUAGGCUAGGGAGCUUCUAAAACAUGACAUAGUUAAGAUUCUCAACCUGAAGGCAUUGCUCAUGAGAUAAAUGAAAGUUUUAAUUAUGAUUAGGAUGUCUAUGCUAUUUCAGUGGCUAGAGCAACGUGUUUGAUUUUUUGUCGUGGAAGUAGCUGAUGAAAUAUUUCUUUGGGCCUGUUGUAGUAGCAUAACAAAUAGGCCCUUCUGUUUUGGGUUUAUUUUUUUUGCAGGUAGAACAGUUAUUGUCUAUCUCAUACUCCCCCCCCCCUUCUGGGUCUUCAUUAUGACAUCCUAAUGAUGUAAGCAGAAGUGGUAUUUUUAGUCGUGUAAGUCAUUAUUCUAGAAGGUAUAGCACACACCCAAAGAAGACCCAUGCAUGCCAAAUUUACUAUAAUUUGUAAACCAGCUGAACCCUAUACAAGCAGCCAACAGAUGUGUGUGUGUGUGAAUGGUUUUCUGCUCUCACCUCUAUUGUCAGUAUGUAGGUUCAGGUGUCCCAUUCCAAAAACUUGGUUCCUCAGUACCAAAAUAUGGUAUUAAAGAUCUAUGGCUUCUUCUUUAAAAAAAAUUUUGAACUAAUUUUAAAAUAAGCCCAUAACUUAUAUAAUCACAGACCCUCCUCUGUGCCCCACAUUCCAGUAGCCAAAGGCAUUCAACGCUAAGAAUGCACUAGGAUGUCAGCUGAGAAAUUGGAUUUCACAGUGCACAAGCAUUCAUCAUUUGUCAGACUUAAUUUUUGUCUUGCUAUGAAGAAUUGCUGUCUUGGAACAUUUUAUUGCCAAUUA